AUGGAUUUAAAUGGGGUAGACUAUGAGCUGGGUUUAUUUCUGGCAUCCGCGCCGAGCGGGUUUCCCGAGGCAUCAUCUUGCCAGAUACAGUCGAGCAGUGCAGCAGACCUCUCUCCUAAGCGGGAGGUCAAAGGGGCUCGAAGGGUGCGUAAUGCCUGUCUUCAAUGUAGAGAACGAAAAAUACGCUGCUCACGGACUUACCCGUGCAAAGGAUGUUUGUCCCGAGGGGACGGGGCGGCAUGUGAUUGGCAAGGCGGUUUCCCGACUGGAAACAUUCCGAUUUACCAAAAACAUGCGGCAGACCAACGGCGUCAAAUUGAAAAGCUGAAAGACAGGUUGACAUGCGCUAAGGCAUGCCUAGGCUCAGUAUUCCAGAAUAAUUCGAACUUGAAGAUCGAAGUUGGCCAUCGUCAAACUAGGCCGCCGUUCAUCCUCCCGAUAACCCCAAGAGAAGGGAAUCUGUCAUGGUUUCCUACGGGGUCUAACGAGCAGACACCUGGGUCAGCAUUGAGCAACAUCAGUAGCUUUAGCACGAACACGGUCGAUUCAUCUCAAGGCUGGUCACAUGAAGACGCCACAUCACCCUUGAGCGCUGACGUCCACGCGACCAUUUGGAAGGAACGGAACCCAUCGCGUGUGUUUGAGAUGCGACAUAAAACGACAGGGUAUCGACCAUUGAGCUUAUUGCGUGAAGAAGAUGGUCUAGAUUUUGAGGGUUCUCGGCCGUAUACCGCUGGACAUGAAGAUUUGACUAGAGCUUCAGUUUCCGAUGGACAGGAUAACAACCCUACCACUUGCCCGACUACGUUUGAUCCUCCUGAUCUUCCGUGGAGUGACUCGCUUUCGCCCAAUCUAGAGCAGCGAAUCCAAGCGUAUGUAAAUUUGGGAUUAAUGAAUGUGGGCGAGCAGUAUAGUUUUUUGCCAUCAGGAUUCAGCUUAGCCCCAACGGCCGGUUCUUCUCAAGCCCCCAUGUACAACUCAAAUCUUUCAGCAAAUUGGCCUCCUGCUCCUCCAUGA